AUGCACAUGUGCAUGCACAUGUUUGUUGCGGCGGCCGCGGCGGGCAGGGAGAAGAAGGCGGCGGAGAAGAGGGCGCAGGGGCAGCCGGAGAAGGGGCCGUCGCUGACAAAGUCGCGCGCGAAGGAGCUGGUGGGGCGGCUGGUCGAGGUGUACUGGGACGGGGAGGACGCGUGGUACAAGGCCGAGGUGCUCCGCUUCGACGAGGCGAGCCGGGCGCACACGCUGCGCUACACGGCCGACGGCUACGAGUGCGAAGAGAAGCUGUCCGACUCGUCCUGGCGCGGGCCGCUGCCUCGCCCGACCGCGCGCACUGCGGCGAAGCGGUCCCGGGAGGGCUAG